UCCGUCAUUCGUCAAGGCAUCAUUCUGUUGUUCCACUCGUUUUAAUUCGACCGUGCAAUCGAGCAUCGAGCAAGAUUUAAGAUUGUAAUAGCUUGGUGCCAUGUAAUUGUGUUCGCCGUUCCUUAAUUCGGUAGUUGUUCUUCAUAUAAAUUAUUGUUUACGCUUAUACAGUAGUUUGUUCUUAACCACCUAGUUCAUUUUAAUGUUUAGUGUUUACUGAAUUGUAAUAAAUCCUCAUAUUUUGUUAUCAUGGGUAUUCCUGGUUUAACGUCAUUUAUAAAUCGUAAUUCAACUCAAUAUUUUGAAAAUCUACAACUCAAAGACACUCUAGUAAUAAUAGAUGGUUAUGCUUUAACAAAUUUCCUAUACAGGUUAUAUGAAAAUCAAACAAGUGCAUUUGGUGGAGAAUAUGACGUGUUAGCAAAGGUCUAUACAGAUUUUAUUAAAUUGUUUAUGAGAUGUAAUGUUAUUCCAAUUUUUGUAUUUGAUGGAGCAUAUGAACAACGAAAAAUGGAAACAAUCAUGAGUCGCAUGAGCCAAAGAAUACAAUCAUAUGGACAAUCUGUCAAGUCUUCUGAAUGUAUGCCAAUGUUUGGUAGUGAUGUAAUUUUUGACAUUCUGAAUGACAUGGAUAUACCACAUAUUAAUUGCGAUUUUGAAGCUGAUGCAGAAAUCGUAGCAUUGGCUAAGUUAUUAGAUUGUCCUGUUAUAAGUCGGGACUCAGAUUUUUACAUAAAUACGGUACCUUAUAUACCAUUGGACAAGAUUAUUCUUAAUCUAGAUUAUAAUGUUAAAGAAAUAAAUUGUCAGGUAUAUAAAGUUGAAAAAUUACUGAAUGAAUUURGUGGAUUGAAUGUUGACUAUUUACCUUUAGUGGCUGCCUUAUUAGGUAAUGAUUAUAUAAAGCAAGAUACGUUUUCUUCUCUGUUAAGAAUAAACCCAGGAUGUUUUAACUGUGGAUUGAAACUUAAACGAAUCACAGAAUGGCUAAGAAAACAGCAUGAUGUAAAAUCUGCAGUAUUAAACAUGACUUAUAACAUAUCUCGAAACAGUGAUUAUAUAAAAAAUCAAAUAAACAAUAUCAUAAAAGACUAUAAAAAUAUGAAUAGCAAAUACUUAUCAUUCAUUCUUCAAUACAAAAAAUUGAGUUCAUAUCAAGAUCGAUUAAAACACUUAAAAUCAAACGAAAAGAGUAUACUACCUCCUUGGUUAGAAAUCAACUAUCGUAGGGGCACUGUAAAUGCAGAAGUUAUGACAAUAGUAACAUUAAAAAAAAUAUUUUUUAAAGUACAAAUUGAAGAUUAUGAAAAACUCCCUUAUUACGAAAUUUCAUUCAAAAUUAUGGAAAGAAUAAUUGGAUUAUUGUUUGGAAAAAGUGAUCCAAUCCUCACUAUAGGAAGAAAAAAUGGACUUAAUAUAGGCCAAUACAAAAUAAAACCUUGGAUAACUAACCCAUAUAUACCAUUAGCUGAUAUAAAUAAGAGUGAAUUAGUAUAUCGCAAAAAUAUAAUUUUAAAUUUAGUUAAAAUAAAAAAACUUGAUGGUAUUCCCAAAGAUUGGGAAUUAUUUGUUUUAAUUUUAAUUUACUGGGCAGUUCACACCAAUAAUAUUAAAUCCAGUCACAUGCACGCCUUAAUUGUAUGUGCAAUAACACUUAAUAUCAUAAAAAAAAUUGAAAUUGAUCCGAAAAAUAAAAAAACUGAAGUUAAUAAUGGCAAAAGUGUUAUAGAAGAAAAUAUCACUAAAGUGAAUAAAGAAGAUUGUAUAAAUGCAAUGAGUUUGUUAUCAAAUUAUUUUCAAAUUGGUCAAUAUUAUAAUAACAAGCGUUUAUAUUAUAAAAUUAUUCAUUCAUUUGCACAAUUUCAAAGCUGUGUUUAUUUUUUUAUGAUUCUCAACUCGUUACUGGAUUUCCCAUUUGAUCAGUGUCGCAUUGAACAUUUUUAUAAAGGAUCAUUUUUAUAUAACUUAUGUGUACAAAUGGAAAAUUGUAAUCCAGAAUUAUUUGUAUCAAGUAAACUGUUUAAUAAACUAGAUUCAUUAAAUAAUGUUUAUAAAUCAAUAAUUGAACAUAUAAAAGUGCUGUUGCCAGUUCCAAAAAAAAGAUCAACUGUAGCACAUGAUACUAAUAACAGUUCAAAGUCCAAAGGCAAAAAACCACAGAAAAAUUUUAAGUAACCUUGUAAGAAUUAUUUUAUAAUUAGAAAUUAAAUAAUAUGUAGUAGGUACAU